UGCGCUGGCCUUGGCUGUCAGCUCUUUAAAUACAGCGGAGAACGAAGCCAAUAACGCCUGAAAGAGAAUCAGUGUCCAAGAAGGGAACGCCCGGCAGAUUUAUAUUUACUGUUGAGGAAGACAAGUAUAUAGCAAGAGCGGGCGAUCACCAUGUCUACCAACAAACACGACGUGAUCGUCAUUGGGGGCGGCAUCUCAGGUUUAACAGCAGCAAAAUUACUGGUGGAAUCUGGUUUAAAUGUGGUGGUGCUAGAGGCACGAGACAGGGUAGGAGGCCGUACGUACACCACAAGGAACAAGCACUGCAAAUAUGUGGAUCUUGGAGGUGCCUAUAUUGGACCCACCCAAAAUCGUAUUUUUCGUGUUGCAAAAGAGUUGGGGAUUGAGACUUAUAAAGUGAAUGAAGUGGAGAAUCUGGUCCAUUAUGUUAAGGGAAAAUCAUAUCCAUUCAAGGGGCCAUUCCCUCCAAUGUGGAAUCCUUUUGCUGUGAUGGAUUAUAACAAUCUCUGGAGGAAGAUGGAUGAAAUGGGAAAGGAGAUUCCCAAAGAGGCACCUUGGAAUGCACCACAUGCAGAGGAAUGGGACAAAAUGACAAUGAAGGAGCUCUUUGAUAAGCUCUGCUGGACAAGGGUUGCUCGGCGGUUUGCUGACCUUUUUGUAAAUGUAAAUGUCACCUCAGAGCCCCAUGAGGUCUCCGCUCUGUGGUUUUUGUGGUAUGUGAAACAGUGCGGGGGAACUACAAGAAUAUUCUCCACUUCUAAUGGAGGACAGGAGCGGAAAUUUGUUGGUGGUGCAGGGCAGGUGAGCGAGAGGCUAAUGGAUCGUCUUGGUGACAGAGUAAAAUUGGAGAAGCCUGUAUGCAGCAUUGAUCAGACUGGGGAAAUGGUAGUAGUGGAGACCUUAACCCAUGAAAAGUUUGAGGCCAACUAUGUCAUCAUUGCUAUAGCUCCUUCCCUAAAUCUGAAGAUGCAGUUUACUCCUUCAUUACCUCCAAUAAGAAACCAACUAAUUCAUCGUGUCCCCACUGGAUCUGUCAUCAAAUGUAUGGUUUACUACAGAGAAGCAUUUUGGAAGAAAAAAGGCUACUGUGGCAGUAUGGUUAUUGAAGAAGAAGAAGCUCCAAUUGGGCUCACCUUGGAUGACACCAAACCAGAUGGAACAGUUCCAGCCAUAAUGGGGUUUAUUCUUGCACGUAAGGCAAGAAAAUUGGCAAGUUUAUCCAGAGAAGAGAGGAAAAGAAGGAUCUGUGAAAUUUAUUCAAGAGUUCUUGGAAGUGAAGAAGCGCUGCAUCCCGUACAUUACGAAGAGAAAAACUGGUGUGAGGAGGAGUACUCUGGUGGUUGCUACACUGUGUAUUUCCCUCCAGGCAUCAUGACCCAAUUUGGCAGAGUGAUUCGUGAGCCAGUGGGCAGACUGUUCUUUGCUGGAACCGAGACAGCCACAGAAUGGAGUGGUUACAUGGAGGGAGCUGUUCAGGCAGGAGAGAGAGCUGCGAGAGAGAUUCUUUAUAAAAUGGGCAAGAUCUCUGAGUCAGAAAUCUGGAAACCUGAACCUGAAUCACUGGAUGUUCCAGCUCGGCCUAUUACUACAACAUUUUGGGAGAGGAACUUGCCAUCUGUUUCAGGCUUCUUUAAACUAAUUGGCUGGUCUACAUUCUUGACCUCAGCUACAGUUGUGGGCGUUAUGGCUUACAAAAAAGGUCUUCUCGUAAAAAAGUGCUAAGAAAAAUCAACCAGGCAAGAUAUAAUGGUGAUAGUUUGCAGGCAGCCAUUAAUUGCUUUGCCUUUGCUAAACUGUUAUCUUUACAGUACAGUAUGUGAUUAAUCUCUGUUUAGGGCUGUAAUCAAUACAGAGUAACAUAAUCAGAUUACAUGUACCUUUACUAGACAAAUUACACUUUAUUAAAUUCUGCAUAUUGCUUAAUUUUAUAUGAAUUAAUUAUUUUUAACAUAAUAUUAUGCUUUUCUAUUAAUUGUAGUUCGUAACUUUUCAAACUUGUCAAGCAGAUUAAGUCUGUUCAGUCUUACAAUGUUUGUUCUCUGAAGGAAUUUUAUUUUCAUAGAAAGUACAACUCCCCAAAUUAUGUAACUUGUUAGUGGCUGCCAACAGUGAAUAUUGGUGCUGGAGCUUUGAAGAGGUGCUACAGUAUACUUUAACUAAAAUAAUUUGUUGAUAUGAUUUUUAGGAUAUAGCGGGUUGGAUAAUGGAUGGAUGGAUAUGAUUUUUUUCUUGUCUAUGUUCACGGGAGUGGUAAACUCUACAUUUUUUAGAAUGGUUCAUGAUCAUUCAGACUAGAAGUGUUAAAAUCUGAUGCUGAAGGGCCACAGUGGCUGCAGGUUUCCAUUUCAGCCACUUUCUCAGUUAUUAACCAAUUACUGCUGCUAACUGAGCAGACAUAUUUUCCUUAAUUUUAAUUGACUUGCUUUUUUGGAUUUGAAAUCCUAAUUGUUCUUUAUUUCUUUAACAAGUGGCCAAACAAAUGUGAGAUGCAAAACAAGCCAACAGAUAACCAGCUACCAUUGUCUAAUUUGAAAAUUUUCACUCAUCAUAUAUUUCUUGAUAAUAUAUUUGAAAAGAAAAUUGUGACAGUCUGAGAAAUAUUGGUCUGUGCUGGUCCGCAAAACAUUCUGACCAUGCUCCCAGAAUGCCUGAUUUAGCAGAAUGAGAGCAUUAAGAAUGCAUUGAAUUAAGUAAUGGGUAUCAUAAACGGCAGGAGUUUCCUUAUAAUUAUGAAGUUGGUUGGAGUGAAAAUAGUGACUCUCCAGGAACUACAGCAUUUUAGAAAUACUACAGACAGCUACCUGUAGUUAAGGAAAACGAACAAGAACUACAAAUCUUGAAAAAGCAAGUCAAUUAAAAUGAAAGCAAAACAACUUGUCUUUUGCAGUAAUAAUUGCCUACAAAAUAUAGAAAAAUGGCCGAAAUGAAAAUCUGUAGCUACUGCAGCCCUCCAAAGAUUCAGUUUGACACUCCUGAUUUUAGAAUUUAAUUUCAGAACCUUAGGUUUUGCCCCAGAUUAUUCUGUUGUUAGCAUUCCUGUCCCCAAACCAAAAUAGUGCUUUUCUCUCUUUUAUUUAUAGCUAAGCUGGCCAUCUGGCUGAGAUAUAGUCAGAUAUGCAUAUGUGUGCAUUACAGCUGCUCAUUUUUGUGAUGUUUUACUUAAUAUAAGAAGUAACAUGAUAAAGUGUCUUCAUAAGAUUGUGAAGGUGUUUAAAGCAAAGUUGUUUCUAUUUAUAAUUGUUUGAUUGCAGCCUUUUAGCAUUAACCAACUGAACAGAUAGAGUGUGGCUUCUCCAACUCUCCUUUUCAAAAAGCACUGUAUUUUAGUGGAGGAGGCACUAUGCAUGUACAGUAGUAUUCGACAGGACAAAAUGCUCUGAGCAAAGAAUAAUCCAUAGGUGUGGGAACAAAAGCUCACUGCAUUCACAGUUAAAUCAAUAUAAACAAUGACAUUUACUGAUGUAUUGUCAUUAUCAAGAAAGUAGUAAACCGUAAGUACCCUGCACAAACUGAGUUACUACAAUGAGGCCAUCAUCUCCCUCGUGUAUAAUGAUUAUGCAGAUCUCCUGGAGCUCUGAUCCUGACAUUCAUCUGUAAGCAGCCUGUACAGUAUAGAAACUUAUUACACAUGAAACUUAACAUUACUACCUCAUGUUGAAAAGAAUUCAUAUGUAGUCUCAGUAAAGUUUUAAACAGUUGUGCUUUCUUCUACAUUUUUAAAACAAAAUAACUGACAUAAAUAUUUAGUAAAAUCUUUUUACGAAUACAAUGACAUUGUUUGAGAUUCUUUCCUUCUUGAUGCCAUGCAGUGGGUUUCACUUUUGUUUUUAAGCCAUGAUUGACUUUAUAAAAGGGAUUGGUAAAUAUGCGUAAUACACUGCCAUCCUCAUUACACUAAAUGCAGUAUUCAUUCUCAUUGCUGUCAUGGAACUACACAUUCUGCAUUUUUUUCAAUCUUCAUGUGAGUAUACGCCAAAUGAUUUUAAUUGUUGAUUUACUAUAAUACAUAUACAGCAGAUAGCUUGUAAAUAAAACAAACUUUUUAAUUUAUGAAAUUUCUUUGGGUUCAUCAAGGUCUACACAUUCAUCAGUUAUGUCUUCAGGGUGUGUUACAUAAACUUGCAAUACAAAAGGUGAUAAAUUGGUAUCAUUUGUCUUACAAACAGACUUUCUCUCAUAAAAGAAUGAAUUGGAUUCAGAAACACUACUUAAACACUCUUUAGGCUAUUCAGUCAUAGUCAUACUAAUUUGUUUUUCACAAAUGUUAUGAAACAUUAAAUUGCUUUAUGGAAAAUCUAUUUUCUAAAGACAAAUAGGAAGAUAAUGUUAAAUAUAUAAAUCCAUCUUUCUUCUCAUCCUGGAUUAAUCAGAGGGAAAGCAAGAACCAAACUUGAAAAGAGAGGGAAAAUGCUGUAGUCCAUUUUCCCUAACAAGUGUCAAAUUAAUUUACAAUCACCAGUCUGCAACCUGCACGUCCUUGGAAAUGUUAGAGAGUAAAAACUUAGUACCCAGAGAACCAGCUUCUAGAGACGGAGAGAAUGUGCAGACGCCACACAGACAUUGACUAGACCAGGAUUCAAACAGAGUCUCUGGGAGCUGUACUAUAGCAGUGAAUCCCACUGUGCCAUCCUAGUAAAAAUAAAAAAGUUGCAGAUAAUGCACACUUAGAUGCUGAGCUCUACUGUAUCCAAUGCUGAUUUUUAUCGGCCCACCUGCCACAACUAUUCUGUGUUCUUAUGAUGGUAAAAGUGGUCUUAAUAAAUGAAUGGAUGUUAUAUAUCAACAUACUUAUAUGUAAUAUAUUGAAUGGCCUUCAAUGUCAAGGUAGCCCAACUUCAAUCAACAAUCUUUUGUAUUCAUGAUAGCAGUCAUUAUCUAUCUGCCAUCAACAGAAGUUAUGCACAAUCUUUUUUUUUGCACUUAACUGAAGCUUUAAAAAGAGUUUUUUCAAUGAUAUAUUUGAAAAGUGCAAUGAGCGGUUAGAGUGCUUGAGGCAGAAAAUAUUAAAAGCUCAGCAUUUCAGUCCCUCUGGUGUUCCUUAAGACAAAUGAAGAACAGUGGUGCCAUGUGAUAAAACUGCUGCCACGUGUGUUGGUGAAAUGCAGAAGUGAAAGUGUUCUGAAGUGUUCACACUCAACCCAAAAUGCCACUUAUAGCAUUGCAGAUUACCUUUGAUGGGACUUGACCACAUCAGAUGUGAAAACGCUUUGACACAUUUACAUCACAGCUAAUGUAAUGAAUGCAUCUGAUGUAAAACCUAAGUUUGAUUGGGCUCCUGUAAAAUUACUUUUAUAUCUACUGUAUAUUUUUAUAGCUUGAUUGUGAACUUGAAAGAUUUCCAAAGCAAAAUACAGAAUACACAGUGCAUACAUACAUAGGUAUAGGUAUGUGCAUGGAAACAUUUAUUGCAGCCUCUAGUUAAGUCUGGGCUGGCGAGUGUCCUGGAUAAAAACCAAGAUCCAGGCCUUUAAUGGCCUCUUGGGCACAGCCAUCAGCAGUGUGUCUGUUGGUGGAGAGAGUGUCAGUCUUGUUGAGAGGUUUACUUACCUCAGCAGUGACAUUCCUAUGAUGUCAGUAGAUGGAUUGGGAGUGCAUGGGGGGUUGAGGGCAUAAGGUCACUGGAAAUGGGUGUGUGGCACUCCUGAUAUCUAUGCAAAAGGACGAAGGUCCAAGUCUUUAGAGUCCUGGUGCUUCCUGUCUUGCUAUAUGGUUACGA